AUGGCUGUUCGAUCUGCGCUGGGACGAGCAUUGGCGGGUCUUUCAGUGCUGGUUCUGCUCUGCUUCUUCUCCGGGGGAGUCGAUAGUCGCUUCGUGAAGGAUGCCGGAUACGGUGUGUAUUCGAGUCGCCGUUCUACAUUGGAGAAUGGGCUCGGCCGAACUCCUCAGAUGGGGUAACUCCUCCCCCCCCCCCCAACUUCUCUCUCAUCACAUCGAUACCGCCUGGUUACUUUCCGCUUCCGUCGAUUACUGAUAACGACUCUGCGAUUCACCGCCAUGCAAAUUUGUCCACCUCCCCAAACGCCCCCCCACGCCGGCGACGAUCACGGACACCUGACUUGUCCUGCCGCCGACGGGGGAGAAAACGUUGCCGUGGCGAUGGGGGCGGCGCCAGUGAUCUACUUCUUUGGGCAAAACCAUCGUGUAGAAUCGAUGAUACUAGGAAAAAAAUUAUAAAUUUUCAUGCUUUCCACGAACAUCUUAGGCUAGCAAAUAUUUUAAUUAUUAGAGAUUAUACUGUUAACAUGCAACAUAAAUGGCAUCCGAAAUUAUGUCGACAUCGUGACAUGAUAACACAUAAUAAAAUAAAAAACCAUUUAAAGAAAUUCAUACGUUGAUGAGAGGGAACACACCCUGACUCGUGGGCGGGCCAGAGAGAAGAUGGAAGUCACUAGACAGCGCAUGGUCUCCAUCCACACAUCCGAGACAUGACCAUUCGGAUUCUGAAUCAUGCCAAAUUGGCGUGAAUUUCUCUGUAUUACAGUCAAUGACUAGACGAAGACACAGUCAUUUGACGGGAUAAUCAGUUGCAACGCUGUGUUUGAUCAGGUGGAACAGUUGGAAUCACUUCCAUUGCGAUGUCAACGAGCAGAUGAUCAGGGAAACGGGUGAGCUUCUACAUACUCCGUUUUCAGAUCAGUCGCUUUUGUAUGAUAAUGAUCGAUCGGUGGUGGGUACAUUGUUGACUGUGUGGUGGGGCAAAAUGGUUAAUCAUAAAGAACAUAUUUUUAUUAUCGUUUCGUCUCACUUGACUUUGAAACAAACUGGGCAAUCUCACGACCCUGAUCAUCUCUUUGCAGCGGAUGCAAUGGUGUCGACCGGGCUAUCUUCUCUUGGUUAUAAAUACGUAAACCUAGGUCUUUGGACUUCUUCCGAGUCUCCUCUCUUCGUGAUGUCUCCCACUGGUGUUUCAAUACAUUGACUCGUUCUUGAUGCAUCAGAUGACUGCUGGGCUGAGCUGAACAGGGACUCUCAGGUACAACGACUUCAGUAAUUUUUUUUUGAAACAUCGUGCCGUGUGGAUCAGCCUCAACCUACUUCCAGCUCUACACUGGUUUCAUAAUAAGUUAAGAAUGCCUGUUUUGAAGUAUCUACGGUAGAAUGACCUUCAUAAGUUGGGAAACCAUCGCAGCUCUAAUCGAUCAAGUGUUCUCACUAGUAAUCAGAACAGCUAUUGGGUUCUCUGAGUAAGGCUGUUUGAGAUUCGUUGAGCAUAAUGGGAUCAGGCAAUGCGGUGAUUGGAUAUUGCUGAGAGUUGUCUUUGUCUCAAUGUUUAUAUUUUUUUAUAAAUUUAUAAUUUGAGCCCCGGAUUUUGGAUUUUCACAGGGUAACUUGGUGCCCAAAGCUUCAGCUUUCCCUUCGGGCAUAAAGAAUCUUGCGGAUUAUGUGCACGGCAAGGGGCUUUUGCUUGGCGUCUAUAGUGAUGCAGGGUAGAUACUCCCAACACACUUUCCCAUUCUCCCCCUGUUUUUGUCCCCCCUGAAUAAUUUUCCUUUAAAAGUUAGACAAGACCAUCAUUGUAAUUUUUCGCUUCUAAUAUGUUGAAAUGAUUUUGAGCUCUGAUCCGACUUCUUUACUGGAACAAUUGCAUGAUCUUUCACAGAAGUCCAUAAUGUCAAUUUCUUAACCUUCAUAUAGAAGUAUCUAGAUUUUAGCCUCGAUCCUUGAGUAUGUUUCAGGAGCUAUACGUGCAGCAAGACAAUGCCUGGGUCGUUGGGAUAUGAAGAUCAAGAUGCCAAAACCUUUGCCUCAUGGGUAUCGAUAAAUAUUUUAUUUUUCUUGCGAGGUUUUCCUAGACCUGUAUGCCAUAUUUACGCCUAACUCCAUUUUUAUCUUCCUCAGGGAGUUGACUACCUUAAAUACGAUAACUGUUACAACCCUGGAACUAGCCCCAAGGAGAGGUAUCUAUAUUGAUAUCAGCCUAGCGGCCAAGUUUUCUGAUCUUGGUUGGUAGAAGUGAAGAGGCCGAGACCUGAACCUCCAUAUGAGACCUGGGAGAAAUCUCUAAUGGAAAUCUGUCAUAUAUUUUUCUUCUUCUCUUUCACAUGUUUUCUCAGUUGUGCAUCAAUAAUUUUAAUAUUGUUUACGUAAAAUACCAAAAUGGUUUCCAUAAAAUCCUAGUUUCUGCUCAUCUCUUGGAACAAAGAUCCGACUUGUAGUAGGAACCUAUUUUUUGACUACUUUGCCAUCCAUUUUGACUCUGAAUAUAAACUUUUACGUAAGAUCUUUUAAAUUUCCUCGUCGUUCAUUUUUAUGCUUCUAACAGAUUUACACAAUUGAAAUAAAUUAUUGAAUUAUAGACACCGUUUAUAUACUGGUUUUUGUCAGUGGUAACUCUACAAUCUUCAAGAAAUAAAUAUUUCGGAUAUUGGAUUAUGGCCUUCAAUUCCAAAUGAUUUUGCUUCUUAUCCGUUGGUGAUUAAUUUUUUUUUUCCUUAAAAUGCUCUAUCGACUUAAUUUGUCAGAAUAUAACCGAUAAUAAUCAAAAGGUGACCAAGGACCAUCUCCACGAAGCUCCAGAACCCUUCUGAUUUUAUCAUUUUCUUGUUCGGUGGUGGUGCAGGUAUGAUAAGAUGAGCAAAGCUUUGCUCAACUCCGGACGCAGGAUAUUCUUCUCCAUGUGUGAAUGGUCAGCUGCUUAUUUCUUCGAUUUUUGAAUAAUACUGAAUCGGUGAUUCUCACAAGUUUCAAUGAGUUUCGCUUUGAAAAUAAAAAUAAAAAUCCAGGGGCCAAGAGGAUCCAGCAACCUGGGCUCCCGAGAUAGGAAACAGCUGGAGAACAACAGGAGAUAUUGAGGAUAAAUGGGAGAGGUUUCUAUCCUUCGUGUUAAAAGGAACUCUUGCUAAAAACGAUGGCCUCUUCAUGCAAGCUGUGAACUGACCAUGGACCUCUUUUCUUCUCAGAGUGACGUCCAUUGCUGACCAGAAUGACCGCUGGGCUGCUUACGCGAGACCUGGAGGAUGGAAUGGUGGUCUCUUCGGCCUCUUCUUUCUGCAUUGUGCUUGAGAAAUCACAGAACAUGGCAGCCAUAUCUUCAUUCUAGACUGACUACCUUCUCUUAAGAGUAUCUCCUCUGUUGAUACUUGUCACAGAUCCCGACAUGCUGGAAGUAGGAAACGGUGGGAUGACAGCAGAUGAAUACGUUUCACACUUCAGCAUCUGGGCACUGGUUAAGGUACCCAUUUCCCAUCGGCCGCCUUCUCAGCCUCCACAGCUUGAACCCGUUGUCUCAUGCGAUAUUCUCCAGGCUCCACUUCUUAUCGGAUGUGAUGUCCGCUCGAUGAGCAAUGAAACACAAGGAAUACUGAGUAACAAGGAGGUCAUCGCCGUCAACCAAGGUACAGAACCAUGGAUACUAUACUUGUGUGGACGUCGUCAACCUUAGUAGAGUCGAUGCUUCAUCUAAGAUGGUGUGGUGUUCAUAGAUUCCCUGGGACGUCAAGGGCAGAAGGUUAAGAAGGAAGGAGAUCUGGAGGUGUGGCUUCCUUGUGCCCUACAAAGCCGCACAUUUGUUCGACCGAUGAAGAUAAUGUUGAGAUCUAGUGACUGCUUCACCCUUCUGCGCAGGUUUGGGCUGGCUCCCUCAGCGGAGGAAGGGUGGCUGUGGUCCUCUGGAACAGAGGGUCUUCGCAGAGUUCCAUCACCGUCGUGUGGUCCGACCUCGGGCUCGAUCCAGCUAUGGUUGUCAAGGCCCGGGAUUUGUGGGCGGUAAGAUCUGCAAAGAACUUUCUUCUGUAAACUUCCCCGGGCCACCUAGAACGAUGAACUGAACUGCUUUCAUCUGCUCGAACUCUUCUUCAGCACUCGACUGCCUACUCCAUUCGAGGGGAACUGAGCGCUACUGUGGAGUCCCAUGCCUGCAAGAUGUACGUAUUGACGCCUUCCGUGUAG